CGCAUUCCUCCCAUCAAACCAUCUCUUUCCACGCCAUCAAUCGCGCAUCCAAAAAACCGAGCCGCAUCGCCUAACCCCCUCUGAUCCAUCAACAUCCAUCCGAGCUCACCAACACCUUUUGUUCGACGCGAUUUAUUUCGCGCCGCCGCUUCUCACUAGCCGCUUUCCCCCCCCAUGUGCCUGUCCCAGCGAACACCACCCACCACCGCUCACACUCUUUUGACUUUGGCCUCUCCCCAAGACUUCUCUUCUUGCCCACGGUCCCUGACCGCGAACCUCGAAGUCUACAUUCGCAUCCCCAUCCCCACCAGCCGCCCAUCCCCCACAGAGCAGCACAACCACUACUUGACUUAGACUUGGGUGUUCUGCACACGUCUUGUAUUGCUUUAUUUGAAUACCGACUUUCUUCACAUUGCAUCAAGCUUAGUAGUCGGGUUUUAAUCUGCGGCGCAACUCUGUCCCCAUUGCCAUUUGUUCUGCUGACGUGAUUCGCGACGCGAUACCAUCAUCAUCCACGCGGUUUUAGCUCCGCAAGCUUUCAUCUGAUUCAUUUCACACGCUCCUUUCCUGCCGCUGCUGCCUGGCCUAGCGGCGUCGCGAGACGAUUCAUUGUUGCUGUCGCCGUGAGAUAUGAUUGCUUGUUCAUAGUCUGGGUGAAGAUAGGUUUUGCCGGAUCUGCAAAAGACACCCUUCCGUAAGAUUCAUAAUUCAACAUGGCAUCGGUCCAGCAACCGCCCGCGGCUGCCCAGCAUAUAGGGCCUCCGCCCUAUAACCAAGCCCAGGUUCAGGAGAUGUUCAUGAAAUUCCAGCAGAUGAAGAAGCAGGGUGUUGCGCCGAAUGAUCCCGAAUUCCUGAAAACAAGUCAAUUCUUAGCCAAAGUUCAACAACAGCAGCAAUUACGCCAGCAACAGCAACACAUGCAAACACACAUGUCGCGCAACCUUCCGAACGGCCAUGUUAAUGGAUCCCAGCCAUCCCAGACCACUCAGAUACUUCCCUCUGCUGCGUCAAAUAUCUCCAGUCAGACUGGGCAGAAUAGCACCUCCUCUCCUUCAACCGCCCCCACUGCUGCUCAUUUUUCCCCUCACCAAUUGUCCCUCCUGAGGCAACAGAUUGCUGUAUUCAAGCUGUUGAGUAAAAAUACCGGCGUACCCUAUGGGAUGCAACAGGCACUUAGCCAACAACGACAACGGCGACAAGCGGUUGCCGAGCAGUCAACACAACCCUCGGCGGCUCCCCCAACUGUUGCCUUACCUGGUCCAGGUGCCACCAAAGCCGAAUCAACCUCAGCAGAUGGCGAGGUCGAAAGCGAGGCCGCCACGGCUCCAAAAAGCAAAGUAUACAAAAGCUUCAAGUCACCUUACGACACUGGGCAUGUCCGGAAAGAGAUCAGCUAUUUUGAUCAUGGGCACCGCAAGCAUCGUCUGAUAAUCCCCAGCAUAUUUCCCACUGGAAUCGACUUUGAGCAGGUGAUGCAUGAACGGGAAAUUAUCGUAUAUAAUCGCAUGGCAGCUCGGUACGCUGAGCUCAAGGCGAUGCCCGGCAACAUCGCUCAUUGGGAUACAUCCAAAGACACACUGGACCCAGAUGACACCGUUAAGCGUAAGGCCAUAAUUGAGCUAAAGGCUCUCAGCCUUUACUCAAAGCAGCGAGCAUUGCGAGAAAAGAUUGGUCGCUCGAUGAUGCAUUACGAUAAUCUCGCCAUGACGACUAACAGGAGCCAAUACCGCCGGACAAAGAAGCAAAGUGUUAGAGAGUCUCGUAUCACAGAGAAGCUUGAGAAACAGCAACGGGAUGCCCGGGAACAUCGUGAGAAGAAGAAGCAUAUCGACUUUCUCCAAUCUGUACAGCAUCAUAAAUCUGAGAUUCAUAAUACGGCAGCGUCUUCAAGGAGUAAGAUGUCUAAGAUGGGUCGUGCUAUGUAUGCACAUCAUUUCAACAUCGAAAAGGAAGAGCAGAAGCGCAUUGAACGUACAGCCAAGCAACGUCUCCAAGCUCUUAAGGCCAACGAUGAAGAGGCGUAUCUCAAGCUCCUCGACCAGGCUAAAGAUACCCGUAUCACCCAUCUACUCAAGCAAACUGAUGGAUUUUUACACCAGCUUGCCUCGUCUGUCAAGGCCCAACAACGUCAGGCUGCGGAGCGCUACGGCGAAGAAACCCUACCAGAAGAAGAAAGCGAGAUUUACGAAGAGGACGAAGAAGCUGACCGCAAGAUUGAUUACUAUGCCGUUGCCCAUCGUGUCAGAGAAGAAGUCACUGAGCAGGCCAACAUACUCGUUGGCGGUACCCUCAAAGAAUACCAGCUCAAGGGUCUGCAGUGGAUGUUGUCGUUGUACAACAACAACCUCAACGGUAUCCUUGCUGACGAAAUGGGUCUCGGUAAAACAAUCCAGACUAUUAGUUUAGUCACCUACCUCAUUGAGCGUAAGAUGCAACAGGGCCCGUAUCUAGUAAUCGUACCGUUGAGUACGCUCACGAAUUGGAAUCUGGAAUUUGAGAAAUGGGCGCCCUCUGUUUCUCGAGUGGUUUAUAAAGGCCCGCCAAAUGCUCGUAAGCAACAGCAAGAAAAAAUCCGACAAGGUACCUUCCAAGUCCUCCUUACUACCUAUGAGUAUAUCAUCAAGGAUCGUCCUAUAUUGAGUAAAAUCAAGUGGUUUCACAUGAUCAUUGAUGAGGGUCAUCGAAUGAAAAACUCAAACUCGAAACUGAGCGCAACCAUAUCUCAAUACUACAGCACCCGUUUCCGCCUCAUCUUAACUGGCACUCCUCUGCAAAAUAACCUCUCCGAGCUUUGGGCUAUGCUGAAUUUCGUCCUGCCAAAUAUCUUCAAAUCUGUGAAAACCUUCGAUGAAUGGUUCAACACUCCGUUCGCAAAUACAGGUGGGCAGGAUAAGAUGGAACUGAACGAAGAAGAGCAGAUUCUAGUUAUUCGGCGUCUCCACAAAGUCUUACGACCGUUCCUCCUUCGUCGCCUGAAGAAAGAUGUAGAAAAGGAUCUCCCAGACAAGACGGAGAAGGUCAUCAAAUGUAAAUUCUCUGCCUUGCAGACACGCCUUUACAAGCAAAUGGUUACGCACCAAAAGAUUGCUGUCAGCGAUGGCAAAGGCGGUAAGACUGGAGUUCGUGGCCUGAGCAACAUGAUCAUGCAGCUUCGGAAGCUCUGUAAUCACCCAUUCGUAUUUGACGAAGUUGAGAAUCAAAUGAACCCGAUGAACACUAGCAACGAUUUAUUGUGGCGUACAGCCGGCAAAUUCGAAUUGCUUGAUCGCAUCCUGCCAAAGUAUAAAGCAACCGGACAUCGCGUUCUCAUGUUCUUCCAAAUGACCGCCAUCAUGGAUAUCAUGGAAGAUUUUCUUCGGUUUAGAGGCAUACAAUACCUACGAUUGGAUGGUACCACCAAAUCAGAGGAUCGAUCCGAUCUGUUGAAGACCUUCAAUGCCCCAGACUCACCAUACUUCAUGUUCCUGCUCUCUACUCGUGCUGGUGGACUGGGUCUGAACUUGCAAACGGCAGAUACCGUUAUCAUUUACGAUUCAGAUUGGAAUCCACACCAGGACUUGCAAGCUCAAGAUCGUGCCCAUCGUAUUGGGCAAAAAAAUGAAGUCCGCAUUUUGCGACUAAUUAGCUCUAACUCGGUUGAGGAAAAGAUUCUCGAACGAGCAAGGUAUAAGCUUGACUUGGAUGGCAAAGUCAUUCAAGCAGGCCGCUUCGAUAAUAAAUCAUCGGAGACUGACCGUGACGCUAUGCUACGGACACUACUCGAAAGUGCUGAUAUGACCGAGUCAGGGGAGCAAGAUGAAAUGGACGAUGAAGAAUUGAACCUACUUCUGGCUCGUAACGAGGAAGAGUAUGGCAUGUUCCAAAAGAUAGACGAGGAACGAGCAAGAGAUCCUAUCUACGGAACUGUCCAGGCAUCUAAACGUGUACCACGCUUAAUGGCGGAAAACGAGCUUCCCGAUAUAUACCUCAACGAAGGCAACCCCGAACCUGACGAGCAAGAAGAAACGCUCGGUCGUGGUGCCCGCGAGCGUACUCGUGUGAAGUAUGACGAUGGUCUAACUGAGGAGCAAUGGCUCAUGGCGGUUGACGAUGACGAUGAUUCACCAGAGGCUGCAGCUGCCAGAAAGCAAGCUAGGAAAAACAAACGAGAGUCAAAUAAACUCAAGAGACUGGCCGUGAUGAAUGCCUCUAGCGUGGGCUCUCCCACGGCAAGUCGUGCUAGUACUGAGGAGGCUGAGACACCACCAAAGAAGCGGGGCCGUAAACCUGGGAGUAAAAACGAGAAGCGCAAAGCAGACGAUGACGACGGGGAGCCUCCAGCCAAGAAGCGUCGUGGACCUCAGGGUCGCGCAAGGGCACCAACUCUCGAAUCGCGGGUUCCUGCGGAAAUUCGCCCUGUUCUGCAGAAAAGUCUUCGCAACCUAUUUGAUGGCUUGAUGAACCUGGAGGUCGACUUCCCUCCAGAUGAGCCUAUUGAAGACGAUGACGACGAAGAGCCGCCAAAACGACUUAUAAUCGGGCCCUUCGUGAAAUUGCCGUCUAAGCGAGACUAUGGUGAUUACUACGUCCUCAUUCAAAAUCCCAUUUGCAUGAAUCAGAUUCAAGCCAAGAUGAAGAAGGAGGAGUACAACAGCAUCAACGAUAUGCGCAAAGACAUAACAUUGAUGUGUAACAACUGUAGAACAUACAACGAAGAUGGUAGCCUUCUUUAUUCGGAUGCCAAUGUCAUGGAGAAAUUCUUCAACGACAAAGCCCAAGAAGAGUUCAACGAGCAUCCAGAGCUAGUAGACCUUGAGGAUCCCUCUAGCUCCGCACCCCCUACCACUAGCGCAGGGACUCCCCAGCCGUCUACAAAUACUACUAGAAUAAAACUGGUGACGAAUGGUGCCAAUCAAAUCAAUGGAGCUACCACUGGUGGCCACAGCGACGGGGAAUGAUUUCUUGACAUCCAAUAGACCCUUACUUGUUGGCUGAGUCUGCUUUGACUGUAACGUAACGAGACUGUGGCCGAUGGUGCAUGUACGAAAGGAUACGGCAGGGCGCAUGUCUUUCGGGAAUUUUAUUUUGCGGCGUUUAUGCGGGGUUUUCGUCGGAAAUAGCUUAUGGUUGCAUAUUUUGCUGUAUAUGUACAGAAAGCAGAAAAUCGAGUCUGGCAAGGCAAAAACAAUACCCUGGUUGAUGCCUUAUCGUCUUUCUAUUUUUGAACAUGAGAUGGGGAGGGGCAUUUCGAGCCAGGGAGUGUGUGUACGAGCGUCAGUGUUGACAGAAUCAUUCAUCUUGUAUGCAAUAAUAGACCACUACGUUGGUAUCCUUUCCCCAUGUCUUAUAUUCCCAGCCUGAUCAACUUCACCUGAGCGUGGAUAACUGAUACUC